GAGCAGACCAACAAUUGCACACUGCUAAUUCCAACAUCAUCCAACAUCAAAUAACAAACCAAGUCCAUUGCAAAGAUUGCAAUAUCUGUUUUUUCAAAAUGUAAUUAACCAUUUGAUUUGUGUCAAAUGAAAGCAAAGAGUCUCGCACAAAGCCUAUGCCGUCUUUGAAUGCUGGUCAAUACGUGACCCAUUUUCUUAUCUUGAAUUGCAGUUAGUGGCUCACUUUUGAUGUUGUGUGCCUUUGUUACUCUUUAGUUUUAUCCACUAAUUAUUUAGCUGUUGCUCUUGGACUUAACCUAAAGGCGGUCAGCCAACCCAAACACUAGUUUCUUUGUAUUGUAUCGCCAAUGCUGAUAGUGGGGUUCACUAAGGACGCAUAAAGUUGGUGUGUGUUACAAAAUACACAAUAGAAUAGUCUGGAUUUAUUUAGAAGUUUGUGAACUUGACCUGCUUGUUUCAUACGGGUUAGGCUAUUUGUUUAUUUCCUCUGGGUCACAAGCAGAUAACCCUAAGAACUGAUAUGACUUGUACUGUGCUCAGGUUGUUUUCAUGUUUCUGCUUGACUUACUCACUCUCACAUGACUGCAGGUUUUAUUUAUAGUCACUGUGACCCUGCACUUUGCAGGCCAAGGGUCCUGUUUUUCUAAAGUAGGUAGUUGUGAAAAGAUAUUUGACAGAGUAAGGCUCAUUAAAAUCUGAAUAUAAUCUUUCUCAGUGAUAGUCUCUACAAAAGGAAGUUAUUUUCAUUGAAAUAUAUACCAUUAUUGAGUUAAAGGGGUGUGUAUAUGGCUCCUAGGUAAACAAAGUCUACAAAAAUAAAUUAAGAAAGAGUGGCAAAACAAGAAAAAUUUUGACAGCCAAAUGUGAAUAGUUAAUUUGGUGACACAGCACUGAAAGGAGGAAAAACAAUCGCUCCAGAAAUACGUGGCACUGGAUACUGCAAGACAAGAGUGCCAUGGGCCAGCUGUGUGUGUCAGUUCUCUCGUGUUUUUGUCAACUUGUGUUACUAUCGGAGUCCAUGGAGGAAUGAUGGGCUUCAAGGGGAGAGAAACUGAGAGAGAGAAAAUAAGGAGAAGGUUAUAGCAAGCUUUUCACUUUUCCUUUCUUAAAGCUGAGUUUAGUUUAAUGAUUUACCCUCUCAUCUUUUCCAGCCUAAUCAUAGGAUUAUUAAAAGGUUGCAUUACACUCAAUUUUAAAUCUGAGACUGUACUUACCUAUAUAUGUGUUGUGUAGUUAGCAUAUGUACAAAACUCGAUCAAAUUGAGAUAUGUGUUCUUUCUGAUUUUAGAUUCUGAAUCGAAUCGAUUCACAAAUGCCAAAGAUCAGUUUCUGCAAUUUUAUCACCGAGAUUAAGAUUCAUAAGUGGUUGCAUCAGUACUCAGUUUGUGUUUAAUCUAUUUAUUUUUCUGUUCAAUGAGAGGAAAGGAGAAUUAGAUUUAUGGAUGCUGUUGAUUUAUUUAGUGUGUGACAUCUACUGUGGCCUUGCUGUCAAUCUUCCACAUGGUUGGUACUGGAAAAACAACCUCCACACAGUAGACUUGUGUGUUAAGCACAGUAAAUCAGUAUAUGCACAGGCAGUUAAGAUGCCUUAACCAGGUUACAUGUGAGGCUUAAAAAGGCUGUAUAUAUGUCAGAAUGCUCCUAAAUGUUGGCAGUAGGAAAGCAAUGAGUUCCCUAUAGCCAGCUAUAGGUUCAUUUUAUAUCCAUCAACAGCGAUAGUAUGACUUUCCAAAUAUAAAUAUUGAAUUGUUUAAUCUGAUCUGCUUGUUACCUUGACUUGACUCCCCUGGUGGCGUUAAUAUGGAGUCUUGUUUACAAACAAGCUAACAACAAGCAACAAACAUGACAGCCAACUCUGGUGCUCUGAGAAAAUGAUUCGAUCUAUGUAGUCUGUUGUGUCUCAAAAGAUGUGCCCUUUGGAUAACAUUGUACUUCCGUUACUUACUUCAGCUACUGACAGAGUAUGCUCUCCUUAUAUCCUCCAACUUAAUGCAGUUAACCUACAUAAACAACUUUUAAAAAUAAGUUACAAAAGCUGCAUGCUCUCACACACAUUAUAUAUCUUUUCCCCUCGUUAGUUAGACAUUGAACCUCAUCAAGACAAGGUAGCUUGACCGUAAGUUAGAUUUCAUUUGCAGCUCAGGAUUGAAUUGGUGAGACACACAGCAUAAUACAAAAAUAUAGUGCCUCUCUUUCUUUUUUUAUUUCAUCAAGAAUACUUUUGACUCAGAAAUCAACGGUAUAUUAAUUAAUAAAUAAUAUAAACCCUUUUAUGAAGUUGGCAAAGACUAUCCUGAGUAUAAUGGCCAGCUGCUGAUAGUAGUAGAUGGGUAGAAGUUAAUUGAAAAGAGUAAGUUGGUUUUGACUAUAUUUGCAGUGCAGUGUUAGGGCAGAGUUAGUGAGGGACUUAACAACAUGCCUCUUACUGCUUGAUGAUUGUAUGUAUGGAAAUACUAGUCACUGGCUUGAUAAACUUAACACUUGGCAAAUGUUACAAAAAGGUCAAUGGCUUCUUUAUUGGUUAACAAGGACACUGAACAUUUGUUGCAUUAGGAAAGAAACUUAAAAAUGAAUGCCUCAAAAAAUCACAAGCACCAUUCACAUUAUGCCAGGAUUUGAAGCAUGCUUAUUAAUAUAUGAGAACUGGACAAAAUAGGAUUUGACUUUAGAUGUAAAUACAGUAAUUAGAAUUCUAUCAGCAGCUGACAUUAGCUUGACCCUGUCAGCUCCACUCAAGUCCUGCAUUUUCCACAUCUCCAUAGCUGGAGUUAUAGCUACAGCGACCUACUUAUUGUAGAACUUGGCUCAACUUUGGAAAAACAAGGGUUUUUAAGAGCAUAUUUCUGAGCGGUGUUGGCUGCUUUCAUACAGUAAGCAACGGGGUGCAUGAUCAUCAAUAUCAUCUUUAUUCCUCUCAGGAAAGAAUGUAAUCUGUGGAUUUUCUUCCUGUUUAAGUCAGAGAAAAGGGAUUUCAGUGCUUACACUCCCCCACACUUCUAACUGUGAACUGAGUCCAGGGUCUGCAUCAGAUUUGCCUUAUCACACAUCUGUUUUCACACGAACGUUGUCAUACAACAUAAUGCACAGCUAUAUUUUGCUUAAUGGUCAGAUUUGUGAGCAGCCAACAACCUCUCCCACUCAAACUGCUGAAAAUGUGGUGAUGAAUGUGGACAUUUCACUCACACACCCAGCACAUUUUGAAGAGCCCCUCGCUCUGCCUCUGAGGCCCUGGUGUUUGUUGCUGCCCUUUGGCAUAUUAAGUUUCAGAUGUGCAAAUCUCAUGGCCAGCCGUAGCUGCUGGUGGAAAUUUCCACUUCUCACUCGGACAGUAUCUUGUGAAAAUGAUGUUAUGGACUCAUAGAGAGAAACUACUUUAUAAAAGCAGGGUUGUUUUUAAAGAGGAUUUGGUAUUUAAUAUCAGAAAACACAUGAUUUUAAAUAAAGAGUGAUACAUGUAUGCUGUUUUUGGAGAGGGGUCAAGGACAAGGAUACAUGUAAUUAACUUAUUUUGGUUAAGCAUUUGGCUCCUUUUUUCCUUGUUGAAGUUUAGUGGCAGUAGCUGGCUGAAAUGUCUUGGAUAUACAAUGACUUCAGAGGUCAUGUGUCUGUGAUGUGUGUACAAAUGGGGGUGCCACCUGAUUAUGAGUUCUAGGGAGGGUGGUGAGUGGAGGAGUGGUGUGUUCAUUGUGUUUGGUUAAGCUUUACCGACAGCACACUGUAAUAUUAAUGUGUCAUGAUGACUGAGCAAUUAGAAAGGAAGAGUUCUUUGAUCAGAUGUUUAAGAAUGAUCUCAUAUUGUCAGAUGAAAAUGUCAAGCUUGCUACACUUGUGUAAGACUAUCACUUGUGAGGCUGAAUGUUUUAAUGAUUGUGUAAUGAUUUUGAUAGGUUGGGUUUCAUUCCAGCCUGGUUAAAUUGCUACUGGCUGUCUGAUAUGACUCAGUGGGUCUUAAAACAUAUCGGUUGAUAUCUGUUUUUGGCAUCAAAUAGACAUCAUAUUACAUUGACCUCUUAUGUGGAUGCUGUUUUACAGUAAUUGCAUUGCCUGGGUCAAAAUGAAACCUUUUUUUUUUUUUACGCAAAUAGGUCAUGACUCAUUGGCCUCCUGGAAAAGUUUCGAUGAAACUGGCCAACUAGAGUGUCAUAGUCUUGUUUUGUAAAUACUGUGAGGAAUUUGUUAAAUAGUGGAACUACUAGUGGGAAAUGUUUAAUACUAAGGCAUGUUCUUUGGUUCACUAAUUUAGGAAGUGAUUUGUUCUUAGAGGAAACUAACAGUUGCCACAUAUGGGACACAACGGCUCAGUGACUGUUUUAUUCUGUGGAAGCUUAACUUGAAAUUAAAUUCAGUGGAAAUUCUUCCAGACCAAAUCUGCAUCAAUGUUGUAAUUCAGACUGUUUCUCAAUAUCAGGCAGCAAAUUAACUUACAUUCAAUAUCAGAACUAAAGUAUUCACAUAUACCUAAAGGAUGAGUGAUUUUUAAGUUUAUAGUGUGUUCUAUGCACUAUUUUUUUCUUGUGCUGAUGAUGAAUAGUUUUCUAGAGAAUUGUGCUAAUUUAUUAUUAUUAUAGGCUUCUUGACGAUGCCUUCAACAUGCAUUUGAAGACACAUUUUAAACAUUUUGGUUCAUUUCUUCAUGGUUAUAUACAUUUUUCAGACAAAUACGUGUGUUCUCUUUAUUUUUUGUUCGUGUAUAAGUGUCUGUUAUUUACCCUCACAGAUAUAACCUUGAAAAAUUACAAAUUGAUCUAAUAGCUAACUUUCAAUUGUGUGAGUAUCAUACAAACCAUAAAUAUUCAAGAAGUAUUAAAAAAAUAUGUCUUUCUCCUGAUACAGCUGUUAUGUUGAUAGUGAUUUAAAUAUUUGGGAUAUCAUAGAUUAAUUUUUGUUUUUGCUGCUAUUCUCACUGUCCUAGUUGCUACAUUUAUGGUUAUUUUUGUCUUGAUUUCAAACUCUACUACUUCUUCUUCACGGUGUUUCAUAGCUUGUAAAGUAUGCUGCUAUCUUUUAAUAUUGUUCUUCCUUCAGGCUUCAUGCAUUUAACUGCAUGCUGCAGGCAUAUAACAAUAAUUUAUGCAGAUAUGCGCAGCCAAUGUUCUGAAGAAAUGUUACCCAUCACAGUAGAUGUAGUUAAAAGGAAGUAAAUCACUUUUACGACCUCUACGAAACAGACUCAGAUGUGAAGAUAACUGAGGAAUUGUGGUUGACUGUAUCACAUUUCCCUCUUCAUGUUUUAUUUUCCAGAAGUUGAAAAUGCACAUUUUGUAUACAGCUACAUCAUACCUGAGGAAACAGUGCACAGUGAUUUCAAAGAGUGAUUUGGGCACUCGCAGUCAGUUUAGUACAAAUGUGAUGUGCUGUACAUAGUCUCGUUGCUGGUUAUGUAAUAGGGUGAGGCCAUGUGAAAAUCUGAGUGAGGGAGGCAGAUGGUGGAAGAAAUGGUGGGAUGAAGAGAGCAGAUGGAAGUCACAUCUGCCCUUUCCAACCAGAAGACUCUGUUUGAUGCCAAGUCAUCAUGUUUGCUCUGCUUGUUCUCAUAGGAUUAUCCUUUAGAAUAUCCAUGAGCUCCGAUUUCCCACACUACAGUUUCAGGAUGCCAAAUAUAGGGUUCCAGAACCUUCCCCUUAACAUCUACAUUGUGGUGUUUGGGACAGCCAUCUUUGUCUUCAUCCUCAGCCUCCUCUUCUGCUGCUACUUAAUAAGGUUACGGCACCAGGCACACAAAGAGCUAUAUGCAUACAAACAAGUCAUUCAGAAGGAAAAAGUGAAAGAGUUAAAUUUGCAUGAGAUAUGUGCAGUGUGCUUGGAGGAGUUCAAACAGAAAGAUGAGCUGGGGAUUUGUCCAUGCAAACAUGCCUUUCAUAGAAAGUGCCUCAUUAAAUGGUUGGAGGUGAGGAAAGUGUGCCCGCUGUGCAACAUGCCCGUCUUGCAGCUCGCCCAGCAGGCCGGCAGCACGGAUCCCCCUGUGCCGAUACAGCAGCCUUUGCCUGGCAUCGAGAAUCUGGUGUAGCAGACUCAAAUCCUCUCACACCGCAGUACACACACACACACACAAACGCACACAUACCAACACUCUCACAUGUACAGGUAUACUUUAGUAUGAGUCUGUGGACAGACUGGAGAAACUGGAGUUCCUGCGCAGAUAUUUACAAAAACUCUGCAUCUGCAGCCAUCAUCACCUCUCUUUAUCUUCGCAUUGGUUCACAUGAGGAUUUCCUGAUUUCAACUCUGACUGAUAAUCAGCCGUUUUCAUGGGUUUUUUCCUUUUCUUUUCAUGGACAAUGAAGCAGAGCUGAUCUAGAAGAAGUAUCCUUCUUGACUUGGAAAUGGUCGAUGACUUUUCACAACCAAAGCACUUUUCUGGGGACACCAGCGAAAGACCAGGAGGAAAAAAAACACAAAAGCCAAGAAGUACAAUACACAAACAUAUAAAAUGUUUUUCUUUCUUUUUUUUUUUUAACAAGCACUUUAUGAGAAGUCAAACCUUAAUUGCUUGUGGAUCUUAGUCCCAAGGUCAUGUUUUAUAUUUUAUCAUUAACUAUUAUUUUUGUGUACAGUACAAAUCAACAUGGGUUUUCAUUUUUAAUUGGUAAACUUUGAUUUUUAAAAUAUAUAUAUAUAAAUAUUUAUCGCAAAGGGACAACAAUACCUAUGACAGUAGAUAUCAGGACAUUUGGAAAAUGAUUUGUGUUCAGAUUGCACACUUACACGCCAGAAAUUAAGUAACCUCGAGACUUCAUGUCUGAUUUAAUGUGAAGGGUUUGAAUGUGUUGAAACCCAGAAUUUUAUACACAGACGAACAAUAACGUCCUUUAUAGGAACCUAUACAAUUUGUUCCUUUAUCACCUGUUUGUCAUUAGGUAUAAUGUGACUGUUGUUGUAAUCCAUUUUUAUAAUUUUGUUAAUGCAGAAAGGUGAUACAGUAAACAAAUUAUAGAGUCACUACAGGAAUUUGCUGGGCAGACAAGGCAUUACUCAAGAUUUUUCAUUUUGGAAAAACCAUUCAUAACAUGUCCAAGUAGCUAUUGCAAUAGAUUGUUUGCCCUGAUGCUUUAUCUAUGGACAGUUACGGAACAAACACCAGUAAUUAGGCAAUAUUAAACAACCGUCUAUGAAGUGACACAAACGUUUCAGUUUUGCUUUUCUCUGCUGCUGCAUCUUUUCACAAACUUACUGAAGCUGAGCUGUGUGAACGUCACAGUAGUUUGCUUCGGGUUAUAACUGAGAAAAUGCAACAAAUCUCAAACUGUUAUGGUUAUCUGAAAUUAGCAUAACAUAUCCUUGGAAAAAGGAAACAACCGACAAUUCAUGUUAGGGACAGAUCAGAAUGUGCUGCACAGACUGCUGCAGUAAAUUUAACCUCAGUCCCAUUAAGUAUUUGUAUUUAUUAUGUUUCUAAUUUAUUAUAAUUUCUUGGUACAGCUGCACAGACAGAAUGAGUUGGUGGACUGGCACAUGCAUCACAAGUACUGCCCUCAGCAUAUCAUCAGCAUAUCUUUGAGUCACGUACAUGCACAGUGGGAGCGGCUGGAGCUGCCCCGCCAGCACAGAGGCUGCCAUAGAGUCAGCAGGUUGUAAUGAAACAGCGUUUUCAUUCAUGCACGCACACAUGCAGGAUAGUUCAGCUAUUUGGCUGCAGUAUUCUGGUGCUUUCGCCUCUCUCUGUCUUUCUGUACGGUACAGGGUGCUUUUGUUUUGUGCUACACAUACAUUCACUCUGAGCCCUGCUUUUGUGGGCAUUUUUUUGUCCUCGUCUCUUGUUAGCUGCAUUUAUUGAACUCGUUGUGGGUAGACGGGCUGAAUUUAAAGGUGGGCCAGGGCCGUGCGUCACAGAGAUCGUCUUUUACCUGUGAUGUGUAUUGUCAAUUAAGAGGUCUGAAUAACCAUUUCAAGGCCAUUCUGUGGUUCAGACAGAAACAGAAAAGUAGCCCCACUGCAAAAAUAGUAAAACCUACUACAGUGGGUCCUCGACUUGCGUUGGAAUUCCAUUCCUAUGACCCGACAUAAGUUGAUUUUCGCCGGAAGCCAGAAUUCCAUCAGGAGAGCCUGACUUGUGCUUGGGAGCCAUAAUAAAGGGCAAAAAGUUAGCGAAUGUAGCACAGUCCAAGGUGCCAUACAACCGGCGAAUGUAAAGAACCAUCUUAUAGCGCAGUGUGAUGACGUAUUCGUCCACUCCGCUUGCCAGCUAGUCCCACGUAACCAAUUCCAACUCAACGACGAAAUGCUAUACAUCGUAAACCAAGGACCCACCCGUAACCAGUUCCAACAUACCAAUUAAAUGCCAUAGGUUGUAAACCGAGGAUAAUAUAAAAUAAACAAGUAAAUAAACUCAUACUGAAUUCUAAUUUGUGGGAAAACCUACAAAAUUCGACUUUCUAUCUCACGUUUUCAAAUAGCUCAUUUGCAACUUGCUGAUUGUGCCUUUAAUGCCACUCCAAUUUUUUUCUCUCAACGCUGUCAUUAGCAGAGCAGCAGUUUUAAAAAGUCACAAUGCCUUUCACCUUCAGUGGCAGAAAAGCAUUGUCACUGUGACCUGUGGUUUGAAUGUUUCAUCGCUGUUGAAUGUCUGCCCGCACUGCAGCGACGACCUUUGUGGGCGAGGUCAGAGAAUAAUGCAGCAGGGUGAAAAUGUCAACUGUUAGACGAGCGCAAAAGCAGGGUUUCUCUGUUCCCAUGUGCCAGUUGUCACCUGGUGGUUUGUCUGUAAUAAGGUCCGGUCCUUGAAUGCAGCACUGUACUUUCAUCGAUAAGAGCACUAUUAACACUCAGCUUUAAAGAAACACAUUGGCCACUGUAGCCUUAUUUGAACAAAAAAACUGCCACAAGUACAUAAAAGACCAGGGGCUGUGUCAAACAGCCUUCACUGAUCAUGGACGAGGAGGUUCUGGGGUUUUAUGUUGAACAAAAUAAGCAACAAGGGCCUUCUUCAACAUGUCGUGUGAUGCACAGUGUUUUGGUUAUGAAGAGGCUGUGACUGUUUCAUUGAGCUGAUGUUACACUACCAGAAUCUGCUUUCUCCUCCAAAACUUUACAAAACUAUACAUCCAAGAGUAGUUCUUCCACUUUGCCCGAAUGACAACACAGUUUGUAGGUCACUGCUAAUAAACACGAGUCUUAAAGCUUUGUUCCUGCUAACGGAUUUGUCUUUAAAUGUAUGGUUCACGAGAGAAGGAAGAGAUUCAAUGUGAAAGCAUGCUUUUUUGCAUAGUGACGUUUGCCACUAAUAUCACCAUUGUUAAAUGUACGUAGACGGUUAGUAUCAUUAGCGGUGUAUUUAAAAAUGAGGUGCACAGGAAAUGCUCCAAAAUAUAAACUAAACGGCAGCUCACACUUUCUGCCAUUUGGCUAUCUUAAGUGUUGUGUUUGAUUGUAAACCCGAACCACCUGAACAUCCCCGUUUCCCUCCCAUGUGCCGUCCUAAUCCCACUGAAGACGUACAAGUGCCAACCUCAGAUGAAAUGAAAUCCCUGCUAGCAUGAAAGAAGGUUCUGCCUUUUUAAAAGAAAUGAGAUGAGACGAGGGAGUCUGUGUUGCUAAAAGAGAGUGGAAACUGAGCCAGUCGUGGAUACAAUAAUAAACGGCUUCCCAGCACUGACGUCAGUGUUGCUUCUGAGUGAAUUCCACUAAAAAUAGACGAGACACACUGCAGUCGGAUGAAAUGUGACUGUCAGGAACGCCGUUUAACAUCCAGAAUUUGGAGUGGUGGCAUCAGAAAAAUCAUUUCUAUGAUUGUCCCUAUAGGGCACAGUUUCUGAUGGCAGAUGUUUUGACAAGCAAAGCAGAAAAUUAGCACACGUUCCCGUACGAUUUUUAACCUCUAUCACUGCCUCCCUGAAGUGAACUUUCUUCCAGUUUAUAUGGUGCGUUAGUUAUCCCUCUCACCUCACAAAUAACUCGCCCCUCUUUGUCCAAACAAACCCUCCCACCCCCUUUAGCAGUGUUCCUGAACACACUCUCUUGCCCUCACACCCCUUUUUGUUAACACUGAUUAUGUUUGUGGACUCUCACAGACAUUGUUUGUAAAACUAAGAAUUCUGCAGCAGAAUAUUUUUGGAGACAAUUGCUGUACAGUAUUUGUAAGCUCUAUUUUUGUAUAUUGCUAUUUUGGAGAAAAAAAUAUGCAUUUUUUUCUUUUCUUGUUUUUGCUAAUUUCAUGUUUAUUCAUUUUAAGAAAAUGUUGCAUGUGACUGACUUGAACUGUAAAUAAAGUUUCCAAGUUUUUGGAAA